GUGCUCAGGCCUACAGGCAGUCGGGAGUAAGGAGACCAGGAACUAGUCGUCUUUCCAAAUAGGUGUCUAAGAAACAAUGGGAACAUCAUCCAGCUAUGUUUUCCAUGUGAUGGGCCACAAAUCGAGAGUCUCCCAGCAAGAGCAGAAGGUGUUUUCUUGAAUGGGAAUUUCCUGAAUUUCAGCAAUUGGGAGGACUAUAGGAAACAAAAUUAAAUCAGAACAACAAGGCAGCUGCGAGGACGCAGACAAAAUAAAGAAAAUGUUUCCCAGAAUGGAAAUAAUAUUUUCUUACCUUGUUCUUCUACACAUCGCUAUGUGCAACAUACAUGAGGAAACAGUCACUGGAAUCAUCGGCCGACCAGUGAUCAUCCCCUGUGUUUACAAGACAGAAAAGCCCAUUGACUUGAAGGAAAUGAGGGUCUAUUGGCAAGUGGAAAAGAAGGACAAAACAGUCCACGUGUUCAAUAAAGGACAAGAGGAGAUGCAACAUGUUACUGAAGAAUAUAGAAAUAGAACAAGCUUCUUCCUGAAGGAAUUAAGGCAGGGAAAUAUUUCUGUACAGCUAUCUCCUGUCAAACCAACAGAUGAUGAAGUGUAUAUUGCACUCACUCAGGAGAAAGGCAACAUGAAGACAUUAUGCAAAAUUAAAGUUCGUGUUGGAGGAAGCUUCAGUGUACCAGCCUUAACAGUAAAGACCUGCACACAAGAUGAGGAUAUAAAGUUAGAGUGCACUUCCCAGGGAGGGUAUCCCCAGCCCUCUGUCAACUGGACCAUUCACAGCCAAGGAGCCGUGCUACAGCCAGAGAAAACUGAGACUCAGUUCACUCAGGACCCGGAGAGCAGCUUGCUGUCUGUUAUCAGCACUGUGACUAUCAAUAGAACAAAAGCAAAUAAUAUGACGGCCAGCUGCUCCAUUAUCAAUGAAAUCCUGGAAGAGAACAAGACCUCUCCUUCCAAAACAUGUGAUGACCCCAGAAAGGAUACACAGGAGACGCCCCCUGAGGAUUCCUCACAUUCCAAAAUCUGGAUAAGUCUGCCUGUAAUUCUUUCAUUUAUAGUUCUUGGAUUGAUAGGCAGCAGAAAAUACUUCAGUAAACAAAACAUUUUUCAGUGCCUCAGAAAAUCAAAUAAUAUGAAUCCUGAUGAAGAGUCUGGCCUCCCGCUUAACCACACAUCUCAGCAUUUAACGAAGACACCGCCUAAUCAAAAACAAUCACCUCCAACACUAAUAGCCUCUGAAGAGCACCCUUGGAUAACAGAGAACACAGAAGAAGAAAGGAAAACCUAACCUUAACUCUUGAUGGUGAAAAUGAGGGACAGCUGUGCUGAGAAAAAAAACCACAUCGGAUAUGCAAGCUCAGAAUGUGCAGUAUUUCUCGAGGGUUAAUCUGGAAACUGAACAAAAAAACUGAAGUUAACAACUGGAAAAUCUUCUUGUUUGUUGCAGACUAAUGUUGUUCUUUUUAUAUAUAUGGCACUCCUUCAAAUCCUUGACAUGGAGCCACAUUUGACUUGCAAUCAAAACUGUUGUUUCCUUCAUUGAAAAAAAAAACAUCAGAUUGAGUUUUCAAGAGACUUUCAUGGUGCUCUGCACAGUUGCACAGUUUCAGUGGUGAGUGGAGGAGAUUGGAAUUUCUGUUCUCAUAGGUUCAUUGGAAUGUGGAUUGCCAGGAGAAACAAAACAAUGGAUAGCUGAGAGAGUUGAGUACUGUCUUUAAAUCCUGUAGAGGACCAGGUGCAACAAGUCUCGACUGUUGCCCUUUCGAUGUGGAAUAAUGUUGAAGAGAAGGUCUGCUUUUUCUUCUUUGAAGAAAUCUAAUACUAAUAUGAAAACUGAAGAAAGAACCUCACCUCAGGGUGACAGAAUGACUGAUUUAGUGAGAAAAGAAGAACUACACGGCAACAGAAAGGUUAUAGGAAAGCUUUGGUUAUUUCACUGGAAAGAAUUCUGGAUUGGAAAACCCCAAGGGCCUGGCGGGGUAAUUUCCAAGGCCGGAAUGAUACAGCAACAAAGACUUUUCAAAAUUUGUACUUCUAGUCAACAGACACCUAUGUGGGGCAGGCUAUAUACUUAGGAUGCCAAUUAAACAUGAAGUGUGUUGCAGAUUGUAUUGUGUUUAAUGUGCCAGUUUUCCGGCAGGUCAAAUAAGACAUUGAAAACAUACAGUUAACUCUAAGAACCCUUCUUAGAAAUUAAUAUUGAAACAUAUUUUUUUCUAUUUUUAUUGCUCUAAUUUAUUUUGUAUAUGUGUUAGCUACACAUAAACAAAUGCAUUAACAAGUGAAAUAAGACUGUCGUCAAAAUGAGCAAACCUCUUGGUGUAAUUUAUCUAGUCUAAUAAACUGACUGCAAGGGAGCAUGGAACUGUGGAAUAUGUUUCUUGCUGUCUUUGCAAAGGACACUUGUCUACUGUCCUUUGGUAUUCUGUGAUGUGCUCAUCCUGCUGGCUGUCUCUUACUAUUAUGUGUUUGCUUUUUUGGGGCAGUUUUGUGUGCAGUUUUAAUGUCUGUUCCAGUUUCAAGGGAAUAUCUUUCAUUUAUCUGUGAGAAAGGGCAGAGUUCUUACAUGAAUCUGCAUGUAAGGGGCAGCAAUAUCAGAGAUAUAAGCUAACCUCCCAUUUAUAGAUAUAACCUCUUACAUAAGACAGACAUUUCCUUUUAAAAACCAAAAGAAAUUCAGUUUUCUGCAUUUGGAUUUCGCUGUUUGUUUAAAUGUCAAUAGAAUUCAAAGUCUUUUUUACUGACCAUCAGAAUAUUUGAAUUUACAGUUUGUUAUUAAUAAGCAAGACUGUUGUGGGAUUUACUUUAGCAGCACAAGAUCCUUUGUGCUUAAAAAUAACCACAUAUUUAUUACAGGUAUUUGUGAUAGUUCUCAGCUUUUCUUUCCACUACUGGUUUUACAUUUGCAUGUUUCCAUAACUCAUAGGUAGAUCAUUUCCAUAACCCAACCACAUCAGCUUAUGACCUAGAGCCCAUCCUAGUCUCCCUUGGUAUGAAUAUAUUUUUAUUGUUCCCAAGGGGAAUGUUGUAAUUGUUAGCACUUAGAUAGGGCACCCAGGAUUACCCUCCAGUGCUGCUGGUGCUCAUUGCUCCAACUGGGUAGACUGAAUAAGUAGUAAAUACACAACACAAAUCCAGUGGUUUCCAGUGAACCACAAAGAGGAGGGUAUGUAUUAUUUCAAAUGUACUUGUAACCAUCAACAUUUAACAAAUUUGGGUGCUUCUGUAUCUUUCUCCACAGGUACGCACAGAACAGCCAAUUCAAUUUAAAUGAGUCCCACUUUAGUAAGAAGGACAGAAGUGAUUAAUCUGUUGGAUCAGAAGUCACCAGGAUCAGGAUAUGAAUAUUUUUGGGGGCUACUUUCAACCUAUAGUUAAUAUAUCUGCUUUGUCCAAAUGUGUUCCACUUGCUCCAUAGGAAUUUAGUAUCUACCUCCUAUUUAUGAAUAUGAACAAAGUUAUUUGAAUAUUUUAGUUGAUUUUAUAACAAUUUCUAAAUUUGUUAUUUUAGAAAUCAUACUACUGUAUUGUUGUUGCUGAGGUCUUGCUUUUUAAGCUGUAUUCCAUUUGAGUUUUUAAAUAGGUAAUUGAGAUAGUUUUCACUGUAUACAAGCCAAUUUCACCAUAUUGUAUAUUAACCUUAACCUUAAUUUCAACCUUGGCACACAUCUAAAGCAGGUUUUGCAUUGAGGAGACUUGUAAUACCAUGAAGUGUGCAUUGAUCAAGAGCACUUUAAAAUCCCUGAAAAUGAUAUAUAGGUUAUAUAUAUAUAUAGAAUAUAGAAUUCACUGUAUGUAGAAAAUGAUGUUGGUGUGCAGAAUGUGGAGUACUUUAAUGAACAGAAGUGGAAGAAAAUAAAGCCGUUACCCCACCUACUAAGUACAGUACUGCAAUUUGCUAAAUGAGAAGCACCACUAAUAAUUGGAAUUUGAAACUGUCCAUUGUCUGUGGUUAAAAAUCAAGUAGUGUGGUCUCAAAAAAUAACUUUGCUAAUUUGUGCAUGCUGCUACAAAUUUCUCUCAUAAGUUGCCUGAAGUUAACCUUUUCCUUUUAUAAAGAUGCAUUUUUAGUGACUUUAAAGAUGUGAGUUUCAAUUAAAUGUGUCUGGGAUGUCUUUGA